AUGGGAAAGCUUCACUUUCUGUUUUCUUUCUUGUUGUUUGCUGCCAUGGUUUAUGGAAGGCAUGAAACAAUGGUUGAUGGUAAACAGGGCAGGAUAGGAGCCAUUGUAGACAUGAGUUCUAGGAUUGGUAAGGAAGAGAUUUUAGCUAUGCAGAUGGCUAUAGAGGAUUUUAACUCCUUGAGCAAUCGAAAUUUCAGUCUCGUCGUUAGAGAUUCCAGAAGUGAUCCCAAUCUAGCAGCUCUAGCUGCUAAAGAUCUCAUCAGUAUGCAACGAGUUCAGGUUCUUAUAGGGCCCCAAACCUGGGAAGUGGCAUCCGUAGUUUCUGAGGUUGGAAAUGAGGAGCAGAUUCCGGUAUUAGCGUUAGCUAACGAAAUACCGAAGUGGGCAAACGAGAGGUUCAAAUUCUUGGUCCAAGCUUCCCCCUCCCAGUUAAAUCAAAUGAGAGCUAUAGCUGGUAUCAUCGGUUCAUGGGAUUGGCGCCUAGUCAAUGUUAUAUAUGAAGAUAGUGAUUUCUCAACCACUGAAAUAUUUCCUCAUCUUGUACAUGCCCUCAAAGACGUAGGAGCUGAAGUAAGUGAAUUUGUUGGUCUCUCACAAUUUGAUUCUGAUUUAUUCACCAAAGAAUUGGAGAGGCUAAGAAGAGGGUCUAGCAGAAUUUUUGUAGUUCAUUUGCCAUUCAAGUUGGCACUGCGUUUAUUCGAGACAGCAAAAGAGAUGGGAAUGAUGGGAAAGGACUAUGUAUGGAUCACCACCGAUACUUUCACAAGCCUUGCACAUUCUUUCAAUGUUUCUAUCAACUCUGUACUACAAGGAGUUGUUGGAGUCAAGAGCUACUUCCCAGAAAGAAAUCCUCGAUAUCAUGACUUUUAUCUUCGGUUUUGUCGAAGGUUUAGAUUAGAGCAUUUUGAUGAGGACAACAACGAGCCCGGUAUCUUUGCAGUACAGGCUUAUGAUGCUGCAACGACAGCAGCUAUGGCAAUGAGUGAAAUCCAAGAAAAGGGCAAUGAUCACUUGUUAGAAAAAAUAGAGCUCACUGACUUUCAAGGACUCGGUGGAAAGAUUCAGUUUAAGGACAGAAAAUUGGCCCCAGCUGAUACUUUUCAGAUUAUCAAUACCUUGGGAAGGAGUUAUAUGGAACUAGGCUUCUGGUCUGAUACAUUAGGAUUCUCGCAAGAGUUGAGGGAAAAUUCGUCUUCUAGCUCGUCGAUGAAGGAUCUUAGCCAAGUGUUUUGGCCAGGUGGAUCUUCUGAAACUCCAAAGGGAUGGGUCGUACCAACAGAUGCCAAUCCAUUGAGAAUUGGGGUGCCAACUGGUUCCAUGUUCAAACAGUAUGUACAAGUGGAAGAAGAUCAUAAGGCCUUCAAUGGACUUGCAGUUGAUCUGUUUAAAGAAACAUUAGGCAUCCUGCACGCCCCUCCGUCGUACCAGUUCUAUCAUUUCGAUGGCUCAUAUGAUGAUUUGGUGAAUCAAAUCUACUUAAAGAACUUUGAUGCAGCUAUAGGUGAUAUCGCCAUAAUAUCACGACGCUAUGAACAUGCCGAGUUUACACAUCCUUACUCUGAAGCAGGACUGGUGAUGAUAGUUCCUACCACAAAUGACACAAGCAACAAAUCAUUGUUGUUCACAAAGCCCUUUACUGUGACCAUGUGGAUUCUAAUUGCUGUGGUAACCGUCUACAAUGGCUUUGUCGUGUGGUUCAUAGAACGAGGUCACUAUCCUGAACAUGAUGGUUCAAUGCUUGAUGAAGCUGGAGCCAUGUUUUUCUCAUCCUUCACCACUCUCUUCUCCUUGCACGGCAAUAGGCUGCACAGUAACUUAUCACGGAUGGCUAUGGUGGCGUGGCUAUUCAUGGCACUUGUGGUAACUCAGACAUACACAGCUAAUCUUGCUAGCAUGCUCACUGUUCAAAAGUUCAAGGCGACUAUAUCGGACAUUGAGACUCUCCAGAAAAUGAAUGCAUAUGUGGGAAACGGCAGAGGAACCUUUGUCAAAAGGUAUUUGGAAGAAGUUUUGAAGUUUCCUACCAAAACUAUAAAAAACUACACUGCCCAAAACGAUUUAGCUGAGGCUCUCAGAAACCAGGAGAUAGCAGCUGCAUUUCUUGAAGUCCCUUAUGCAAAACUAUUCCUCGCAAGAUUUUGCAAUGAAUUCAUGAUUUCUGGACCAACCUACCAUGUUGGAGGAUUUGGAUUUGCGUUUCGGAGAGGCUCUCCGCUGUUACACGACGUUAACAAAGCACUGCUUAAGGUAUUUGAAAGUGGGAAGUAUAGAGAGCUGGAAGAAAGCAUGAUUGCUAGGGAGAAAUGUGAGGAUAGGGAAGCCAAAGUGAAAAGUUCAAGCCUCAGCCCCAACAGCUUCUUUUUACUAUUUGUAUUGAGUGGAGGAGUAUCAACAUUAGCAUUGACAUUGUACACUAUCAGUGUUCAUAAAUCAUUUCUUCAACAGACCGUUCUUUGGAGGUUAAUGUUAGCUGUAAUCAAGAACUGGGGAAAUCACAGGAGGGAAUUUUCUCGACAACCAAACGACGUGCUGCUAACCGUCCCAAAGAUCUUCCCAAACGCCACAAACCUGCAAAUUCAGGUCCAGUAAACUGUAUAUGGUUCAGUUUUGUUUUAAGUAGAAUUAUGGCUAGAAGAAGAGUAGGUAGCUUUAGUGGGAAAUAUGGAAAACCUUGUAGAUUAUUAACAAUUUUUCAUAGGUUGAUAUGUAAAAAUUUAUUCUUUGAUCUGAUCCAAUGAACAGCUCACACAUCCCUUGGGGUUUUAGUUUUAUGAA